UCUCCCCAGUCUCGGUUAGGAUAGCAAGUGGGAAACAUCAUUACGUUUCGAUUGCCGCGAGGCCCAUCACACGGCGGUAAUUGGUUGGAGGCAGGUCUCCCCGUACGGCGGUUUUUUUUUUUUGGCGCGCGCGUAAAUCUGUGAACGUAUCCCCAAUGAUUCUGUAUUGUCGAUACAAUUAUUAGUGAAGUUAUUAAACACCAGUGAACAUCGUUUAUUGAGAGUUUGUAACAAAGAGUGACUGCAGAAUCCGCAGAAAACCACAUAAACUGGUUUUCGUAUUCCAGCCAGUGGCAGAACAAGAAGCAUCAUCUUCGCGACACAUUUGCGUUCUUCAGGCGCUAGGCGUUGCAUCCUAGGAGCGCAACCCACGCGUAUUUAUUAUUAUUGGCGUAUAUGGUGGUGUAUGUGUGUGUGUCUGUUGUUCCGGUUUCGAAGAGAACAACAAAAUGCGAUCAAAAUCGAAGUGUAGCGCAUGAUAGUAUUUUGCAGUCGGAAGUUGCAUACGAAGAAAAUUACUGGAUCAAUUGUUCUCGUAGCAACGCUUAAGGAUUAAAUAAGUACAGAGCAAGAUGCAACCCAAGCGUUCAGUUAGACUUUUGCCGGCGUUAGUUGUGCUGUUUUGCGGACUACUGACGGUUUUCCCCAAUCUAGUAACGGCGGAAAUGUAUGAGGGCGACAGUUGCAAGUCGAUGAAAGAUGUGCCCGGUACUUGCAGGAACCCUAACGAGUGCCCCUGGAUACAAGUGAAUGUAAACCAGAAACGGCUCUAUCCGAUUAAAGCUGUUCCGAGGUGUGGUUUUACGGUUCAAAGUGUUCUAGUUUGCUGCCCCAACGAGAGUUCUAUCAGGAAGGCCGACCAAGCGUGUCGGAACUUUGCACGUGGAAGCACUUACAUCGCACAGCACAUCAUUGAAGGCAAGGAGGCCGACGAAGGAGAAAUACCGUUCAUCGCUGCACUGGGCUACAGCUCGUUGGACCCGGCCAAGGAGUACGACUUCCGCUGCGGAGCCAGCUGGAUUGCGAAGAAGUUCCUUCUGACCGCAGCCCACUGUGUGAGGAAGAAUGACCGACCGGUCGUGGCUCGCAUCGGAACGAUCAACUUGGACGAGACCGAUCGGACACGUUUUCAAGAUUCGGAAGUAAAGGAAAUUUAUCUACAUCCGAAGUACACACCGAAAAGUAAAUAUAACGACAUCGCUCUGAUUGAACUGGCUACUCCUUUCGAGUAUGACGAUAAUUCCAACCGAGUUUGUCUGUACACGGAUACUCACGAUCUGGACCCGGACCACGUUCUGACAGCAUCCGGUUGGGGCGUGCCAGCAAAGGGCGACGUAUGCACCUUGAAGGAUGGGGAACCGGGGCUUUGCCAGGAGUCUACCAGUUGUCCCUGGUUCUUGGAAAACAUCGUUAAGAAGAAACGCUUCGGCGAACGAGUAACGUGUGGGUUCGACGGUACCACCGAGGUCAUUUGCUGCAAGAUGGACCAACCGGUCACGUUCAAGCCGGGUGUACGCAGUGGUUUGGCUUGCCAGAACAUACCGGAUGCCGACAAUCGGCUGACAUUCCACAUCAUCGACGGAGAGGACGCCGCCGAUGGGGAGUUCCCCUUCAUGGCAGUCUUGGGAUAUGAAAACGAAGAAAUCAAGGACGGAUACGACUAUCGAUGUGGUGCGAGUCUGAUAUCGCCAAAUUUUUUGCUGACUGCAGCACAUUGCAUUCCACGACAGGGGCGACCGGUUGUGGCCUUGCUUGGUACGGCCAGUCUCAACUCCAUGAAUGGAGUCACCGUUAAAAUCAAGGAGUUUUAUCCUCAUCCCGAAUACAGAGCUAGUCGCAGCUACAAUGAUAUUGCCCUGGUGGAAUUGGAGAAAAGACUGCUGAACGAACCGGACGUCAAUCCCAUCUGCGUCCGGAGUGACACCGAAGAUCUAAGCAGCGACGUGGUUCUAACUGCCGAAGGUUUCGGCAUUAUUGAUGUUGACAAACAAAUGCGUUCGCCGCAGAUGAUGAAGGUCAAUCUCACUACGGUGGCCCUCAGCAAGUGCAAUGAAUCCUUCGCGGCCAACAACCUCUUGACCAACAACCGUAGGUUACCCCAGGGAAUCAUUGAUACGCAGUAUUGCGCUACGGGACGUGAGAACAUCAUCACCAAGCAGGUGGGCGAUACCUGCCAGGGAGAUUCCGGUGGCCCGCUGCAAAUCGUGGUCGAUGGAAAGUUCCAACUGGUGGGAGUGACUUCGUUUGGAAACGGCUGCGGUUCGAAUACGCCCAGCGUUUACACUCGGGUGGCGAAGUAUAUUGAUUGGAUUGAGCAGAUAGUGUGGCCGACCGGAGUUCUGAAAGAAUAAUGCGUUGCUGGGUGGAUGGAUGAAAGGUUUUCUUGGAAUGGUAUAAGAAUAAAGAAGAUUGAGUAUCAGAAAAGA